AUGGCCUCAAAUACUGACAGCGUCGCCGACGGCGUAGGUCCCACGCACACAUAUGUGCCUAAUCAAGGCUACGUAAAUGACCAGCGUGCUGCUCAAGGUAUGGUGCUACCAGGCGACGAGCAGGAUCAGGCCCCAGUGGAGGAAGAGGAUGAUGAUUACGAAGACAUUCUGGACGAGCAGGAUGACGAGGACUUGAUGACUGCUAACCCUUCAGAUCUAACCAAGUCUUACAACAGACAGAGAAGGUUGAACGAAGCCAUUGGUUCGGGUGUGCCUGCGUCACAGUAUCCCAAAGCGAACCCGCAAUCGUCUGGAGGAGGUAAAGACGACCAAAUGAAUGUGCUAAACAAGCACGCGGCAAAAUUAAGGCUGGAAGACAAGUAUUCAGGGACCUAUCACGGCAAGGGCGCCGACAAAAGCGAACGCGCCACGUCAGAACAAGUGCUCGACCCACGAACGCGCAUGAUUCUCCUGCAAAUGAUCAAUCGAAACAUCGUCUCUGAGAUCAACGGCGUCAUCUCGACAGGCAAGGAAGCAAAUGUCUACCACGCCAUGUCCCUGAACGAAGCUCUCGAAGAAACCCAUCGAGCAAUCAAAGUCUACAAGACGUCCAUCCUCGUUUUCAAAGACCGCGAAAAGUAUGUUGCCGGUGAGUACCGCUUCCGUCACGGCUUCAACAAAUCCAGCAAUCGCGCAAUAGUCAAGGUCUGGGCUGAGAAGGAGAUGCGAAACCUCAAACGAAUUCACGCUGCAGGCAUCCCAUCACCCGAACCGCUCUACCUCCGUUUACACGUCCUAGCAAUGUCAUUCCUCGGCGAUAGCAAAGGCAUCGCCUCCCCGCGGCUGAAGGAUGUGGAGUUCGUGGACGGCGACCCCAUCCCACGCUGGCGAGCAAUCUACAUCACGGUCCUGGCGUACAUGCGACUCAUGUACCACGUCUGCCACCUAAUCCACGCCGAUCUGUCCGAAUACAACAUCCUCUACCACGACAACAAACCAUAUAUAAUUGACGUCUCCCAGUCCGUUGAGCACGAUCACCCACGCUCCCUCGAUUUCCUGCGGAUGGACAUCAAGAAUGUAAACGACUUCUUCAAACGAAAAACCGUGUUUGUGCUCUCCGACCGCGCCGUCUACGACUUUAUUCUUCAACCAUCGCCAUCCUCCCAUGACCAGUCUACUGUAGAGAAGGAAAUCAACAAUAUCAUGUCCACACGUAAGGAGACAGAUCUAGAGGAGAGCGAAGUCGACAACGCCGUUUUCCGACAACAGUACAUCCCACAAACGCUGAACGAAGUCUACGACGCGGAGCGCGACGCCGAUAUGGCUGCUACUUCCGGUCGGAAUACCCUAGUAUACAAAGACCUCUUGGCCAGCAAGGACGAGAUCCAGCGAUCCACCACCGCCAAGGAACAAGAUUCGGAAGACCAGGCCUCCGUCGCGUCAAACAACGACUCAGACAAUGAUUCCGAAGAAGAAGGCAGUGGCGGCGCAAACCUAGAAAAUUCCUCCAACGCUUCCGACGACGAGCCGCACCAGCCACGUGGCAAGCGCUUCCAGUCCAAAGAAGACAAGAAAGCACACAAGCAAGCCGUGAAAGAGGAGAAGCGCGAAAAGCGGAUGACCAAGAUGCCCAAGAACGUUAAGAAGAAGCUCGUCGCCCAGAAGAGUCGGAGUAAACGGUAG